AUGAAUCUCAUCGGGAAGCUGCGCAGAAGCUUCCGAACGCUGGUCAUUCUCCUGGCCACCUUCUGCUUGGCAAGCAUUGUCAUCUCUGCCUAUUUCCUCUACACUGGCUACAAGCAGGAAAUGGCCCUUGUGGAGACCACUGGACAAGCAGAGUGUGAGGACCUCAAGCUCCUGCCCUACAGAUCUGCGGAGCUGAGAACACCUAAGCCAAUUGAUCCCUCUAGGACUGAUCCCACUGUGCUCCUGUUUGUGGAGAGCCAGUACUCCCAGCUGGGGCAAGACAUCAUAGCCAUCCUCGAGUCCAGCAAGUUUCAGUACCACAUGGUCAUUGCACCAGCCAAGGGGGACAUUCCCCCUCUCACAGACAACGGGAGAGGGAAGUACGCAAUUGUUAUAUACGAGAAUGUUUUAAAGUACGUGUCCAUGGACUCGUGGAAUAGAGAGCUUCUGGAAAAAUACUGUGUGGAAUACAGUGUUAGCAUAAUUGGUUUUCAUAAAGCCAACGAGAACAGCUCCCCCAGUAUCAGACUGAAAGGGCUGCCAUUGCAGCUCUACAACAACGUGGCCCUCAGAGACUGCUCGGUGAACCCUCGGUCGCCCCUGCUGCGCAUCACCAAAGCGCCCAGGGUGGAGAAGGGUCCCCUGCCCGGCGAGGACUGGACAGUGUUCCAGUUCAACCAUUCCACCUACCAGCCCGUGCUCCUGGCUGAGCUGCAGCCUGCCAGGCCCACCCCCAGCACGCUGCCCAGGGCUGCCCUCUAUGCAACCGUCAUCCAGGACCUGGGGCUGCACGACGGCAUCCAGAGAGUCCUCUUUGGGAACAACCUGACCUUCUGGCUCCACAAGCUCAUCUUCAUCGAUGCCAUCUCCUUCCUGUCGGGAAAGAAGCUCACGCUCUCCUUGGAGAGGUACAUCCUGGUUGACAUAGACGACAUCUUCGUCGGGAAGGAGGGGACAAGGAUGAACAUCAAUGAUGUGAAGGCUUUACUAGAGACUCAAAAUUUACUGCGCACUCAGGUUGCAAAUUUUACCUUCAACCUUGGAUUUUCAGGAAAAUUUUACCACACAGGGACUGAGGAGGAGGAUGAGGGUGAUGACCUGCUGCUGAGAUCUGUGGAUGAGUUCUGGUGGUUCCCCCACAUGUGGAGUCACAUGCAGCCACACCUCUUCCACAAUGAGUCCUCACUGGUGGAGCAGAUGAUCCUCAACAAAGAGUUUGCAAUAGAGCACGGCAUCCCGACGGGCAUGGGCUACGCGGUGGCUCCGCACCACUCCGGGGUGUACCCGGUGCACGGACAGCUCUACGAGGCCUGGAAGAAGGUGUGGCACAUCCGGGUGACCAGCACGGAAGAGUACCCGCACCUGAAACCCGCACGGUACAGACGGGGCUUCAUCCACAAUGGCAUCAUGGUGCUCCCUCGACAGACCUGUGGCCUUUUCACUCACACUAUUUUUUACAAGGAAUAUCCUGGUGGUCCUCAGGAGCUGGACAAAAGUAUCCGAGGAGGUGAACUCUUCCUCACCGUUCUCCUGAAUCCUAUCAGCAUUUUCAUGACCCACCUGUCCAACUACGGGAACGACCGCCUGGGCCUGUACACCUUUGCCAACCUUGCCAGCUUUGUCAAGAGCUCCACAAACCUGAAGCUGCAGACGCUGCCCCCCGUGCAGCUGGCUCAGAAAUACUUUGAGCUCUUCCCCGAGCAGACAGACCCUCUCUGGCAGAACCCGUGUGACGAUAAACGACACAGGGAUAUUUGGUCCAGGGACAAAACUUGCGACCACCUGCCCAAAUUCCUGGUGAUAGGACCCCAGAAAACAGGAACAACAGCCCUUUAUUUAUUCCUUCUGAUGCAUCCUUCCAUUAUCAGCAAUCUCCCCAGUCCAAAAACUUUUGAGGAAGUUCAAUUCUUCAACGGCAACAACUACCACAAGGGAAUUGACUGGUACAUGGAUUUCUUCCCCACUCCUUCCAACGUCACCACCGACCUCCUCUUUGAGAAAAGUGCCAACUAUUUCCAUUCUGAGGAAGCUCCCAAGAGAGCUGCUUCCCUCAUCCCCAAGGCCAAGAUCAUCACCAUCCUCAUCGACCCCUCCGACCGCGCCUAUUCCUGGUACCAGCACCAGCGCUCCCACGAGGACCCCGCCGCGCUGAAAUUCAACUUCUACGAGGUGAUCACGGGCGGCCCCUGGGCGCCGCCGGAGAUGCGGGCGCUGCAGAGGCGCUGCCUGACUCCCGGCUGGUACGCGCUGCACAUCCAGAGGUGGCUCUCGCACUUCCCUGCCUCCCAGUUGCUCAUUAUUGAUGGACAGCAGCUGAGAAGUGACCCUGCUACUGUGAUGGAUGAAGUACAGAAGUUUCUGGGAGUCUCUCCUCAUUACAAUUACUCUGAAGCCCUAACGUUCGACCCUCAGAAAGGUUUCUGGUGCCAGUUAUUGGAAGGAGGGAAAACAAAGUGCCUGGGGAAAAGCAAAGGUCGGAAAUACCCACCAAUGGACCAAGAGUCCCGAGCGUUUCUGUCGAGCUACUACCGAGAGCACAACGUGGAGCUGUCCAAGCUGCUGCACAGGCUGGGGCAGCCGCUGCCCUCCUGGCUGCGGCAGGAGCUGCAGAAGGUCAGGUAG